GGGGGGGGCUGCUGGCGCUGCUGGCGCUGGCUUGGAUCGGUGUAGUGCCCAUGGCCUUCUUUGGAGGGGAGGAACCGAAACCCGGGGUCAAGCCCAAGGGUUACGAUGGGUCUGAGAUCAAGCCAGAGGAGAUGGGCAAGACUGAUUGGGAGGUGCAGUGGUGGAGAGAGAUGAAGGAAGCACAAGAGGAAAUGGCGAAGAAGCAGGAGAUCGAGGCUUCAAGGGCUGAUGAAGCGAAUGCGGAGCAAGGCAAAAUCCUCUUGUACCUUUUCGGCUUCCUACUCUUCGGCACCUUCCUGGUCUUCCUCCCCGGGUAUUUGGGCCUGAGAUGAGCCAAGAUUUAGAUCUUCGGUUGCACGGCGUCGUCGGUUGCAACCCCACACAAAAGGCAAUGAUUUAGACAGAAACCCCAACAGCGAGGCAAGCGC